AGAUCUUCGGACACCAUGCUCCACUCCAGACUCAGCACCACACUGUUGCUGGCAGCGACGUGUUUGCUUUUGAGAGCAGACUUUUCAAGAGCCCAACAGACUACUCCCUCGUCCACAGAGAGGGUGAUCACCUGCGAUGACGCCUUCAACGUCCAACGCCUGAGCUGUGAGAAUGGAGCGAUCAGUGUGCAGACCGCUCUGUAUGGACGUGCAGACAGUACAACCUGCAGUGAGGGCCGACCUCCACAACAGCUUACCAACACACAGUGUUCUCUGCAGGGCACCUUGGACAUUAUGAGGAAAAGAUGUAAUGGCAAGAGCGUGUGUGAAACGAACACAAACACCUUCCGUGCUUCUGAUCCCUGUUAUGGCAUCUACAAAUAUCUGGAGACCACCUACACCUGCCUCCCAGCAAUCUUCAGCGUAGCAUGUGAGGAGUCUUUGGCAAACCUGCAGUGCUCUGGAAGACAGGUUAUAUCUGUCUACAGUGCUUAUUAUGGACGCCGUGACUCCGCCACAUGCUCCUACCAACGACCUGCCUCUCAGGUCGAAAACGUCGACUGCUGCAACCCCACAAGCAAAGUUGCUGAAAGCUGUAACGGGAAACACAGCUGUACUAUCAAAGCCAGCAACUCAGUGUUUGGAGACCCCUGUGGUGGCACUUACAAGUACCUGGAGGUGGCUUACACAUGUAAAAAUCCUGGGAAUUAUUCCGACCGGUCUGGAAUGCAGCAUCAUUCCAGGUUUUUUUUAUUGGUGACUAGUUUGCACAGAGAGAGGCAGGUCUUUCCCCUCAACACAAUAAAUAGCAGGUGUGUGUGUUUCACUGCAAUCAAUUCAACUCAACUCAAGCCAGAUCUUCUAAACACCAUGCUCUGCUCCAGACUCUGCACCACCCUGUUGCUGGCAGCAAUGUGUUUGCUUAUGAGAGCAGGACUUUCUAGAGCCACCGUUGUGGACCCCUCGUCCAAGGUGAAAGUGAUCACAUGUGAUGACGACGUCCAACGCCUGAGCUGUGCACCAAAAGGAGUGAUCAGUGUGCAGAAUGCUGUGUAUGGACGUGCAGACAAGGCGACCUGCAGUAAGGGCAAAUCUCCCCAGCAGCUUGCCAACACCAAGUGUUCUCUGCAGGUCACUGUGGAUAUGGGGAAAAGAUGUAAUGGCAAGAGGGUGUGUGACAUAAACCCAAACAUCUUCCAUGCUUCUGAUCCCUGCCAUGGCAUCUACAAAUAUCUGGAGACCACCUACACCUGCCUCCCAGCAGUCGUCAGCGUAACAUGCGAGGACUCUCCGGCAACGCUGCAGUGUGAUGCAAAAGAGGUUAUAUCUGUCUACAGUGCUCAUUAUGGACGCCGUGACUCCACCACAUGCUCUUCCCAACGACCUGCCUCUCAGCUCCGAAAUGUCAACUGCUUAAACCCCACGAGCAAAGUUGCUGAAAAGUGCAAUGGGAAACACAGCUGUACUAUCAAAGCCAGCAACUCAGUGUUUGGAGACCCCUGUGUUGGCACUUACAAGUACCUGGAGGUGGCUUACACAUGUAAAAAGCGUGGGAAUUAAACAACAAAACAUGGCAAUGUACGGCGUCAGCGGAUGCAACCAAUGAGACUUUGAAAUUCCAAAUGGAGCAUAUAGCCAAAAGUAUCUGGACAGCGGCAUAUUAAACUGUUGUUCACCAUCUCAUACUGGGCUAAGUGUCCAAAUACAGUUGCUCCACAAAUGACUCAAAAUGGGAACAAAACUUGCUUUAAUAAGCCUUUGAUCAAGGAAUUGCCUCUUCUGUUAUCAUCUUGUGAUGCACAAAUAAAAUCUGCCUCGCCUCA